AUGGAGAUUGGAAACCACACCACCAGCGUGACAGAAUUCAUCCUCUUGGGGUUAACAAAGGACCCUGCAACCUGUGCCAUCUUAUUUGUGAUAUUUCUAGCAGUCUAUACUGUUACUUUGGUAGGCAAUAUCAGCAUAAUCACAUUAAUAAGAACCUGUUCCCAGCUCCACACACCCAUGUACCUCUUCCUCAGCCAUUUGGCUUUUGUAGAUCUUGGGUUUUCCUCUUCAGUCACACCUAUAAUGCUUACAGGAUUCCUCAGAUAUGGAAUGGCCCUCCCUGUUACUGGCUGUGUAGCCCAGCUGUGCUCUGUGGUCUCAUUUGGUACAACUGAGUGCUUCCUGCUGGCUGCCAUGGCCUAUGAUCGCUACAUGGCCAUCUGUUGCCCACUACUCUACCCCACCAAGAUGUCCCCUAGAGUCUGCAUCUUCUUAGUGGGAGCUUCUUACUUUGGUGGUUGUGUGAAUGGUGGGACAUUUACUGGUUGCUCAGCGAGUCUGUCUUUCUGUGGUCCAAAUGAGAUAGACCACUUUUUCUGUGAUUUUGCCCCUUUAGUGAAACUCACCUGUUCCGAUGUCUCUAUUAUUCAAAUUAUCUCUUCCAUCUCUGCUGGUUCCAUCAUAGUGGUAACCGUGUUUGUCAUUUCUCUCUCUUACAUCUUCAUACUCACCACCAUCCUAAAGAUGCGCUCCACAGAAGGACGACACAAGGCCUUCUCCACCUGCACCUCCCACCUCACAGCAGUCACGCUCUACUAUGGGACCAUCACCUUCAUAUAUGUUUUGCCCAAAUCUAUCUACACAACACACCAAAACAAAGUCAUAUCUGUGUUCUAUACAGUGCUGAUCCCUAUGUUGAACCCCCUCAUUUACAGCCUGAGAAACAAAGAUGUCAAGGAGGCUUUGAGAAAGGCAACUGUCAGAAGAUCUUCUUAG